AUGGCUGGCAGCCAGAGAUCCGCCCUCGUCCUCUAUGGAUCGGAGACGGGGAAUGCGCAGGACAUGGCCGAGGAGCUGGGGCGACUGUGCGCACGCCUGCACUUUAGCACAGACGUCGACGAGCUCGACGCUGUCGAUCUUAAUAGCCUUCUCAAGCAUCAAAUCGUCAUGUUUGUCAUAUCGACAACUGGGCAGGGUGACAUGCCACAUAAUUCACUCUUGUUCUGGAAGAAACUACUACGGAAGAGGCUACCACCUGGCUGCCUCUCCCAAGUAAACUUCACCUGCUUCGGGCUUGGUGAUAGUACAUAUGUCAAAUUUAACUGGGCGGCUCGGAAACUCGUGAGACGGCUCGAGCAACUGGGGGCGAACCGGUUCUUCGACGAUGGGGAGGCAGACGAGCAGUUUGAAGAUGGCAUUGAGGGUGCCUUUUCGAACUGGGGGGAGCGGUUGCACAAUCACCUGCUGGAGGCAUACCCUCUCGAAGCAGACCAGUCGCCCAUACCUGACGACGCAGUACUGCCUGCUCGGUGGUCUCUGGCCCCAGCAUUGGAAAAAAUUAAAGACUCCUCAAAUGGGCAUCACACGCAAGACUCAGAACCCAUGGUAACCGGCCCGCCUCCUGAGCGACCACUCCCUAUCCCAGAUGGCUGGACAGCCACAAUUGUCGAGAACAGUCGACUCACCCCUGACUCGCACUGGCAAGACGUUCGUCAAGUAUCCUUUGACGUCCAGCAGCGUCCUGCCGGCGAGGUUCUCCAGACGAACCCUGGUGACUGUCUCACAAUCUAUCCCAAGAACUUCCCCGAGGACGUCCACCGGCUCAUCACACUCAUGGACUGGACAUCCAUCGCGGACGUCCCCCUCGUCCUAUCCCUCUGCCCAUCGCUGCCUCGCAAUCUAUUCGCCCCUCAACCAUGCACACUACGAAAUCUUCUCCUCGAGAACGUCGACAUUACAGCCAUUCCCAAACGAUCCUUUCUCAAGAGCAUGUCCUACUUCUCCACGGAUGAGUACCACAAGACCCGUUUGCUGGAGUUCACCCAGAACCUGUACAUUGACGAGUACUUCGACUAUGCCACACGAUCACGGCGCAGCAUCCUCGAGGUACUGGAGGAGUUCACCUCCGUCAAGCUGCCAGCUGAGCGUCUUUUCGACAUCUUCCCACUGAUCCAUGGCCGAGACUUCAGCAUCGCCAACGGGGGCGCCACGUCGCCAUCCGGCGUGGGCACACGAGUCGACCUCCUCGUGGCGUUGGUGCGGUACCGCACCAUCUUGCGCAAGCCGCGACAGGGUCUAUGCUCUCGCUACCUCGCAUCUAUGCCCCUUUCGUCAACGCUCGUGGUCUCUCGCAAACCCGUCCUCAGUCCCAUUCAUGGAUCCGCCAAUGCGCAACGGCCUCUUAUCGCGAUGGCGACAGGAACAGGCGUUGCACCCGUCCGAUGUCUCGUCCACGAGCGCCUCAGCCACCCGAACCCAGGGCCUAUGCUACUCUUCUUUGGCAACCGUAAUCGCGAGGCAGACUAUUUCUUCGAGAAGGAAUGGGAGGCGUUGCAUAGUGGUGGCAAGCUGGAGGUUUUUACGGCCUUUUCUAGAGAUCAGGACAAGAAGGUCUACAUACAACAUCUCGUCAAGCAGCAGGCGGACAAAAUCGCAUCGCUGAUACGGCAGGGUGCCAUAUUUGCUGUGUGUGGCGGCUCGAGCAAGAUGGCCGAUGCAUGCAAAGAGGCCGUGUUCGAGCCGUACAAGAGUGCAGGCGAGCCAGAAGAGAGGGAACGAGAGCUGAACGCUCUAACGUGGUGGCAAGAGAUCUGGUGA